AACAUUUUAUUAGUUUAGACUCGUCACAGCGUAUAAGAAGUUUGCUUUACUUUGUGCUUUGAGAACACCUAGAUCAGGCCUCACAUGUGCCAAGGGGAGGCACACUAUUGUGUUAGAAGAGUAUCAGUUCUAUCAAAUUGUGUGCCGAUGAGUGUAAAAGAGUGAGUUUGAGUGUGUUUGUGAAGGAGUUAGUUAACAAGAUGCCCAGGAGGACAGUGCCAGUUCCCCUUGCCAAGGAGGGUCCAACUCAAUGUAAUUUUGGAGAGAAAGACCCUCUCAACACAAAUGGAGACAGCAAUGGAGCCCCCAAGGAGAAGGUGGAACUGCGCAAGAAGGUGACCCUGCUCCGAGGAAUCUCGAUAAUCAUUGGGACAAUUAUUGGAGCAGGAAUAUUCAUCUCUCCAAAGGGAAUUCUGCAAAACUCUGGCAGUGUGGGAAUGUCACUGGUAGUAUGGGUUGCCUGCGGGAUUCUCUCUCUUUUCGGUGCUCUGUCCUACGCUGAGCUGGGAACCUGCAUUAAGAAGUCUGGCGGCCAUUACACGUACAUUAUGGAGGCGUUUGGUCCACAAAUGGCUUUUGUGCGGUUGUGGGUAGACAUGAUUGCCAUAAGACCUGCCGGUUUGGCUGUGAUUGCUCUGGCAUUUGGCCGCUAUAUUUUAGAGCCCAUCUUCAUGCCAUGUGGAGUCCCUGAAUCUGCCAUCAAACUGGCGACAGCGAUCGGGAUCACUACAGUAAUGUAUAUAAACAGCAUGAGUGUAAGCUGGACUGCCAGACUCCAGAUCUUCCUCACUUUUACCAAGCUGCUCGCCAUUGCCAUUAUCAUUAUUCCUGGGAUAUACCUGCUCUUCAAAGGAGAAACCAAAAACUUUAAGAAUGCAUUUGAGGUCAACACUAUACAUCUGACAGGGCUUCCUUUAGCCUUCUACUCAGGGAUGUAUGCAUAUGCUGGCUGGUUUUACUUGAAUUUCGUGACAGAGGAGGUGGAGAAUCCUGAGAGGACAGUGCCCCUUGCCAUCUGCAUCUCUAUGGCAAUAGUGACGGUCUGUUACACACUGACAAACGUGGCAUAUUUCACUGUGAUGUCAGCAGACGAGCUUUUAGCCUCCAGUGCAGUAGCUGUGACUUUUGCAGAGAAGCUGAUGGGAAACUUCUCAUUUGCAGUUCCCAUUUUUGUGGCUCUGUCUUGCUUUGGUUCCAUGAACGGAUGCCUCUUUGCUAUCUCAAGAAUGUUCUAUGUGGCCUCUCGAGAAGGUCAGCUUCCUGAAGUCCUCUCCAUGAUUCACAUCCGCCGACACACACCAUUACCUGCAGUGAUUGUCCUGUAUCCAGUCACAAUGCUGAUCCUCUUCUUAGGGGAUAUCUACAGCCUGCUAAACUUCAUGAGCUUCCUACGCUGGCUCUUCAUCGGGGUGGCUGUGGUCGGCCUCAUCUACAUGCGCCACACACGCCCUGAUAUGCCACGACCUUUUAAGGUCCCUAUUUUCAUCCCUGCUGUUUUCUCCUUCACUUGUUUUUUCAUGGUCUUCCUUUCUCUUUAUUCGGAUCCGGUAAAUACAGGGAUUGGCUUCGCCAUCUCUCUCACUGGCAUCCCAGCAUACUACAUUUUCAUCCACUUUGACAAAAAACCCAAAUUCUUCCAGAGAUUCUCAGAAUUUAUGAACAGAUCACUACAGAUCAUUUUAGAGGUGGUACCUGCUGAGCACUGACCCUCAGUGUGUGUGUGUGUGUGUGUCUGUCUGCAAGGGCAUAGAUUUGGCUUGAACAUUGGAGGGGGAGGGGGGUUGCAGCGUGAAGCAUUUACAUAUUUCAUGAAUUGUCAGUAAUGAUUUUGUACAGCAACAUUGUGGGCAUGUUAUAAUAUUGAAUCACCCAUUUGCUGAUAGGACACCAGCCUACUUUAUAAUGUAUGGGUUUAAUUAAAUCAGUAUUAUGUUGAUGUUGAUGAAGCUGAUGGUAAAAUGACUCAUUUAGAGACAUUUAGAAAGUUAUCAAUAAUAAUUAUUUAUAUUAUUAUUGUGUUAUAUUUUUAUGACUGUUUUAGAAAAAGUUAUUUUUGUACAAUUAGUUUUAUAAACUAUAUUGACUACUAGAAAACAACUUUUGUAAAAAUAUGAGUAAACUUUGUAUGACCAAAUCUACCAAAUUUAUUAAACCUAC